AUGAUUGCGAUCCCUUAUUUAACCGCGUUAACCACGUACUUCAGCUAUGGCUUGCUUUUCGUCUUCGGCCAAGUCAGAGAUUUCUUCCGCAAAUUCAUCGACUGGUGGAGUUCUAGCAAUUUGCAGGGUUAUGCUCCAAUCUGUUUAGGACUUGAAGAUUUCUAUAUUCGCCGGCUGUAUCUUCGUAUUCAGGACUGUUUCAAUAGACCUAUAGCAAGUGCUCCUGAUGCUUGGUUUGAUGUGGUCGAACGUUUCUCCAAUGACUACAACAAGACACUCAAACUAACCACAAAAACCAGUAGAUGCCUUAACUUGGGAUCUUACAAUUACCUUGGCUUUGCUGCAUCCGAUGAAUACUGCACGCCUCGUGCUAUCCAGACGUUGAAAAAAUAUUCUCCCAGUACCUGUAGUAGCCGUGUUGACGGCGGCACCACAGUUUUGCAUAAUGAACUGGAGAAGCGUGUGGCAAGUUUUGUUGGGAAACCUGCUGCUAUAGUUUUUGGAAUGGGCUAUGUCACAAACUCUGCUAUCCUUCCGGUCUUGAUGGGGAAGGGACGCUUGAUUGUUAGUGAUUCCUUGAACCACAACUCCAUUGUCAAUGGUGCACGAGGAUCUGGAGCUAGUAUUUGCGUUUUCCAACACAAUACUCCUUCUCAUUUGGAGGAAGUUUUGAGAGAACAAAUCGCAGAGGGGCAACCUAGGACCCGCAGACCCUGGAAGAAGAUAAUUGUCAUUGUGGAGGGAAUAUACAGCAUGGAAGGGGAGCUUUGCAAACUUCCUGAGAUUAUAGCCAUCUGCAAGAAAUAUAAGGCAUAUACAUAUUUGGAUGAGGCCCACAGCAUUGGAGCAGUAGGGAAAACAGGUAGAGGUGUUUGUGAGCUCUUGGGAGUAGAUACAGCUGAUGUAGAUAUCAUGAUGGGAACAUUUACCAAAUCAUUUGGAUCAUGUGGGGGAUAUAUAGCAGGAUCCGAGGAACUUAUCCAAUACUUGAAGUACACUUGCCCUGCUCAUCUUUAUGCAACUUCAAUAUCACCACCAGCUGCAGAACAAAUAAUAUCUGCUAUAAAGGUCAUUCUUGGAGAGGAUGGUUCCAAUAGAGGUGCCCAAAAACUUGCACGAAUACGUGAGAAUAGCAACUUUUUCAGGUCAGAACUACAGAAAAUGGGAUUUGAGGUUUUGGGGGAUAAUGACUCUCCAGUAAUGCCAAUUAUGCUUUACAACCCAGCCAAAAUUCCUGCCUUCUCACGGGAGUGCCUCAAGCAGAAUGUAGCUGUUGUGACAGUAGCAUUUCCAGCAACCCCACUGCUAUUGGCAAGGGCACGUAUAUGCAUAUCUGCUUCUCAUACAAGGGAAGACCUGCUCAAAGCGUUGGAGGUAUUUGGCAGGGUUGGGGAUCUGGUGGGUAUAAAAUACUUCCCGGCAGAACCAAAGAAGCUGCAGGAAGAAGAAAGGUUGCUCAAGUUGGAGUGA